AUGAAUACUACCACUACUCCGACUAUUACUACUACUACUACUACUACUACUCCGACUACUACUACUACUACUACUACUACUACUACUACUACACUGACUACUACUCUGACUACAGACAAAAAGAAUACACGUGAUCACUUAAUGAGUACACUACGUUACAAUCUUUAUUUUAUAGGGAAUAUUUUAAAUAAAAUGUUACCAAUGGAAUUAUACUACUCAUAUAAACUACUCACUGAUUUAAUUGAUUAUACUAUUGGAUUAUUAAUAGAAAAAUUGAUUUUCAAUUUAAAUGAAAAACAUAGAAAUGUUGAAUUGAAUAAACAUAUUGUGGAUUUAUUGAAAUGGACACCUUUAACUCAUGAUAUGCUUUAUGAGUCGAAUGACAAGAAUUUGAACAAUACUACUAAUACUACUACUAAAACAACUACUACUGAUAAUAAUAAUCAUUUUUACAACAUUUAUCAUCCUCAACCAACUCUACUAAUGCAAAAUCUGUUACAUCAGUCAAAUUAUUGUCUAGGCAAACAGACACCAAUUUAUGAGAAUGAUGUUCCAAUCGAUUUAACUAGACAUUCUUUAUCAUCAUAUUCAAAUGGUUUUGAUCAAUUGGGUAAAACAAAUAUUACCAACCAUUAUGAGAAGUGCAGUGAUCCGCAGAAAAGAAAUGAAUAUGAAUGUGUCGAGAACGAUGAGGCUGUCAUGAAUACAACUUACACUGAGUAUAAUGAGCCGAGAGACAAAUUUAAUCCAUUUACGCAUACUACUGAUAUAGAGUUUGUGAGUAGGCAAAAACAAUUAUCAACAUUUUGUGGAAAUUCACAAUCAACCAAUAAAGAAUUAUGUCAAACUUACGAGAAUUAUCACGAUAAAAAAUAUUCAACUACAUUAUUACAUUCAAAAGUAUCUAAUCAUAAUAAUGACAAUUAUAAUGAUGAUAAUCAUAAUCAUCAUAAUAUUAACACAUGUCAAUUUAUGAUAAAACAAAUUCUUCAAUCACAAGAUCAUCAUCAUCAUCAUUCAUCAUUAUCUAUGAUAAGAAAUGAUGAUGAACAACUACCAGAAACAGCUAUACAACAUUCAACACCAACUAAACAAUCUCCUCAUCCUAUCGAUAAAAAUUAUAAUGACGAAUGGGAUGAAUCGGGGGCACCUUCUUUUUCUUUAAAAAAGAUAUCAACUACUGAACCAUUUGAAAGUAGUAUACAUUUAACAUUUACAAAAAAUACAGCACCUGCAUAUCAGCCACCACAGCUACAGCAGCCACAGCAGCCACAGCAGCAGCAGCAAACUGAUAAUCAUCAUCAUCAUCAUCAUCAUCAUGUUCAUAUGUGUAGUAGUAAGAAGUCGGAACAAGUUAAUAAUAGUAACAAUUCUGAUAAUGCAAAGAAUACUACAUCAAAAUGUUAUCAUCAUUGUAUUGAUUGUCAUAAAUGUCUGGAAGAUAAACGACAACAAAAUUGUUCAACAUGUAAUUUAAGUUUUUCUCAACCGGUAGAUUUUGUAUUACAUAUUCAAGAGGUUCAUCUUGGAUUAAAAUUAACAAACGAUGAGAAUAGUUUCACGAAACCAUCACGUGAAUGUCAACAAUCCAGUAAGCAUCGUACUUGCAAAUCGUCGAAAUCAUGUGGAAAUGUCAGCAGUAAUAACAACAGCAAUAAUAAUAAUCAUAACAGUAGCGCUAAUGAUAGUAGCAGUAAUCAUAUUGAUCCUGUCUCCGGUGACAAUGAUGCUCAUGGAGGAAAUCAUCCAGUAAAGAAUAACAGAGAUGCUACUAGUAAUAAUAAUAAUAAUAAUAAUAAUAAAAACAGCAACAAUACUACCGCUACUAACACUACUAAUACUACUAAUAACCAUAAGCCAACUACUUUAUCAACAAAAUUACCAUUGAAUUCAAGAAAGCGAUCUCACAGAUCAAUCAGUGCCACGGAAUAA